AAUUUAAUUAGAAAUGAAUCUAUUGUAGCUUUGAAACAUGUUGCUACAGGAAAAUAUUUAAGUUCAAUUGACAAUUUAUGUUAUACAACUGGAAGCAAGCGUCAACUGGUUUUUGCAGGCAGUCCAAAGCCUGAUACAAACGCUUUUUGGAAGAUUAAAUUUAAUAAAGAAUUAGCUGUAUAUAAUAAAACUUCUAUAAACUUACAACAUAUCAAAUUUGGCGAAGUUCUUGGAUUAUGUUAUAACUACUGCAGUACUUAUAUUUAUUACAAAUCUCCGAUAACUGAACAUACAGAGGUAUGUUGUGGCGGAAAUGAAAUUAGUUGGAAGUUUAAGCAUAGUAAAUUAGAACAUCACCAAGAAUAUUUAAAGUCAAAUGAUAUUAUUAAUCUUAGCAUUCAUAGACAUGAUAAUUCUCAAAAUUUAUUUUUACGUAGUCAUAAUGUUCAAUUUACUAUUGGAAAUGAUACUUUUCAAGAAGUCGUUUGUCAUAACGAAAGAUUAGGAGGAAAUGAUGAA